CAAAGUCUGCGAACUGUGAGUCUCUAAAGUCCAACGUGGCCGUGUGGUCUGCGAAGGACUGGAAGGGUUUCAGAGGUCUCCACUCUCCAAUACGCAAUUGAGCUCGCGGUGGCGAGUAUUCGUCGAAGAGCUCCCGACGGCGAGUAGGCGUCGAAGAGUGGAAGCAUAGGAGAGGCAGCGGCCGGGCGUGGAAGCAUCUGUUUACUCUUCUUCAAAACCAUUUACCCCUUCCCAUACGAAAAGUUUGCUUUCUGAUAGGUUCUUUCCACUUUCUAAAUUGUUUGCAGUUUGCAGUUUGCAGUUCAGCAUGAAUGCAGUAGGAGCAAAAAAGAAACAAAAAAGACGAGAUCCAGUAUCUAAGAAGGCAGCAGCAACCGACUCAAAGGGAAAGAAGCGGCAGGUUUCUCAGAAUGGUGAGGAACCCACUGGUUCACGCAAAAUGCCAAAACGCGCAGCUGCUUGUUCUAAUUUUAAAGAGAAAGCUGUUAAAAUAUCGGAAAAGUCUUCCAUGAUAGAAGUAAAGAAGGAUCAAUGCAUUGAGGAAGAGGUUGUAGCCAUUCGGUUGACAGAAGGAAAAGAUGUUGGUCGACCAUGUAGAAGGCUUACAGAAUUUGUUUUUCAUAAUAAGGAUGGAAUUCCACAACCUUUUGAAAUGUUGGAAGUUGAUGACCUCUUUAUAUCGGGUCUUAUUUUGCCACUUGAGGACAUCGUUGAUAAAGAAAAAGCUAGAGGAAUCAGGUGUGAAGGAUUUGGCCGCAUUGAAGAAUGGGCUAUCUCUGGAUAUGAAGAUGGAUCCCCAGUUAUAUGGGUAUCAACAGAAGAAGCUGAUUAUGAUUGUAUCAAACCUUCAGGUAGUUAUAGAAAACAUUAUGACCACUUCUUGGCCAAGGCUACUGCUUGCACUGAGGUUUAUAAAAAAUUGUCAAAGUUAUCUGGUGGAAAUCCUGACUUAAGUUUGGAUGAGUUAGUAGCUGGAGUUGUCCGCUCUAUGAGCAGUAUGAGGUGUUUUUCUGGUGGUUUCUCGAUAAGAGAUUUCAUUGUUUCUCAGGGUGAGUUCAUUUACAAUCAGCUAGUAGGGCUGGAUGACACUUCCAAGACUGAUCAGCUUUUCGUUGAGAUCCCUGUUCUUGCUGCGCUUAGGGAUGAGAGAAACAAGCAAGAAAAUGUUGCUCAAGUACAUCGAGUGAACACGGGGGGAACUUUAAGAAUAAGUGAAGCAGCAAUAAUCAGUGAAGAAGAUACUACAAUUCAAUCUGUUGUAUCUUCAUCUCUAGCAGAGGAUGGAGAAGAUCUAAAGUUGGCAAGGGUGUUACAGGAAGAAGAGUGUUGGCGUUCAAUGAAGCAGAACAGCCGGGGUUCAUCUUCUCUAUCUAAUAAAUUUUACAUAAAGAUCAAUGAAGAUGAAAUUGCAAAUGAUUAUCCCUUACCUGCCUACUACAAAACUUCAUAUCAAGAGACAGAUGAAUAUGUAGUCUUUGACAGUGGGAUGGAUACAUUUUAUAUUGAUGAUCUGCCUCGUAGUAUGCUUCAUAACUGGGCACUGUACAACUCUGACUCGAGGCUAAUCUCAUUAGAGCUCCUGCCAAUGAAACCGUGUGCAGACAUUGAUGUGUCCAUCUUUGGAUCUGGAUUAAUGACUGCUGAUGAUGGGUCUGGAUACAAUUUUGACACCGAUGCUGGUCAUUCUUCUUCUAAUGGUUCAGGGGCAUCUGUAGUUGAUGGCUUUCCAAUUUACUUGAGUGCAAUAAAGGAAUGGGUGAUAGAGUUUGGGUCUUCAAUGGUUUUUAUAUCUAUUCGGACUGAUAUGGCCUGGUACAGGCUUGGAAAACCAUCGAAGCAAUAUGCACCUUGGUAUCAACCAGUUCUUAAAACUGCUAAGCUAGCUGUCAGUAUAAUCACUAUGUUGAAGGAACAGAGCCGGGCAGCAAAACUUUCAUUUGCAGAUGUGGUUAAAAAGGUCUCAGAGUUUGAAAGAAAAAACCCUGCGUAUUUAUCGUCAAAUCCAGCUAUCGUAGAAAGAUACCUAGUUGUGCAUGGGCAAAUAAUUUUGCAGCAGUUUUCUGAAUUCCCAGAUGAACACAUCAGAAAGUGUGCGUUUGUUGUCACUCUAAGCAGUAAAAUGAAUGAGAGGCACCACACCAAGUGGCUGGUUAAGAAAAAGAAGCUUGUGCAACGGAAUGAGCUAAACUUGAAUCCCAGAGCAGGAAUGGCACCUGUUGUAUCUAAGAGGAAGGCCAUGCAAGCGACUACGACUAGAUUGAUUAACAGAAUAUGGGGAGAAUUUUAUUCAAAUUAUUCAGCAGAAGAGUCAAAAGAGGUGAUUGUUGGUGAAGUUAAAGACGACGAUGAAGUUGAAGAGCAAGAGGAAGUUGAAGAGCAAGAUGAAAUUGAAGAUGAUGAAGCUCCAGAGGGGGAUAAUUCAAAAGUUCUAGACAAAACUGGUAAGCCUUGCCCUGCUAGUAGGCCAACUAAACCUUGCUCUGCUACCAGGCCAACUAAACCUUGCCCUACUAGCAAAGAGAUAGAAUGGGAUGGUGAGUCAAUAGGUAAAACUGCUUCUGGUGAACAUUUGUAUGGAAGGGCUAAGGUUCACGACAAUGAGAUUGCAAUCGGGGGUGCAGUUCUGGUCGAGGAUGAUGAAGUAGAUAUGCUUUCGACCAUUUGCUUUGUGGAAUACAUGCUUGAGAAGUUGAAUGGCAGAAAAAUGUUGCAUGGCCGUAUAUUGCAACGUGGAUCUGAAACUGUACUGGGGAACACAGCUAAUGAGAGGGAACUUUUCCUUACCAAUGAUUGCAUGGAUUUAGAACUAGAAGAUAUCAAGCAAACAGUAGUUGUUGAUGUACGGGUGAUUCCUUGGGGACAUCAGCAUAGGAAAGCUAAUGCUGAUGCUGAUAAGGAAGAUAGAGAAAAAGCAGAAGAACGGGUGAGGAAAGGAUUGCCUACUGAGUAUUACUGCAAGAGCUUGUAUUGGCCAGAAAAAGGUGCUUUCUUUAAGCUCCCUUAUGAGACUAUGGGCCUUGGUUCUGGUUUAUGCCAUUCUUGCAAGGUGCAGAGCUGUGAUGAGCACAAGGACAUUUUCAAAUUGAAUGCAUCCAAGACCUGUUUUGCAUACCAGGGAGUUGAAUAUUCAAUUCAUGAUUUUGUGUAUGUCAGUCCUCUUCAAUUUCCUGCAGAGAAGGUUGAGACUGGAACGUUCAAGGGUGGGAAAAAUGUAGGCUUGAGGGCUUAUGCUAUAUGUCAAUUGAUUGAACUUCUUGGUCAGAAGGGGUCUAAAGAAGUUAAAAUUGAUUCAACUGAAGUUAAGAUCAGAAGGUUUUUCAGGCCAGAGGAUAUUUCCGCAGAGAAAGCUUAUUCUUCUGAUAUUCGUGAGAUUUAUUAUAGCGAGGAAACACAUGUUAUUCCUAUAUGCAUGAUUAAGGGCAAGUGUGAAGUAAGGAUGAAACAAGAUCUCCCACCUGUUGAUUUAUCUCCAAUCUUCGACCAUAUUUUCUUCUGUGAGUGCCUCUAUGAUCCAUCCAAUGGUUCACUUAAGCAGUUGCCAUCUAAUGUAAGAAUAAGGUACUCAGAACCGAAGCUGGAUGAUAAAGCUAUGUCUAGGAAGAGAAAGGGAAAAGGCAAAGCAGUGCAAAAUGAUAUCUUGGAAGAGAAACAAGAAACAUCUCAGGAAAACCGCCUAGUUACAUUAGAUAUCUUCGCGGGAUGUGGAGGCCUCUCUGAGGGGCUGCAGCAAUCAGGUGCCUCACUUACUAAAUGGGCAAUCGAGUAUGAAGAGCCUGCUGCAGAAGCCUUUAAGCUCAACCAUCCGGAGGCACAAGUGUUUGUGCAUAACUGCAACGUGAUUCUUAGGGCAAUAAUGAAAAGAUGCGGUGAUGAUGAUGAUUGUGUGUCAACAAAAGAGGCCUCAGAUCUAGCUGCAGUCAUGGAUGAGAAUGAAGUUAACAGUUUGCCUCUGCCAGGACAAGUGGAUUUCAUCAAUGGUGGGCCUCCUUGUCAGGGUUUUUCUGGAAUGAAUAGAUUCAAUCAGAGCACCUGGAGUAAAGUGCAGUGUGAGAUGAUUCUAGCAUUCUUAUCCUUUGCCGAUUACUAUAGGCCUAAGUACUUUCUCCUGGAGAAUGUAAGAAAUUUUGUGUCUUUCAAUCAAGGGCAGACAUUUCGCUUGGCUGUAGCUUCACUGCUUGCGAUGGGCUAUCAAGUGAGGUUUGGUAUACUGGAAGCUGGUACGUAUGGAGUUCCACAGGCUAGGAAGAGAGCAUUUAUAUGGGCUGCGUCCCCAGAAGCGGUUCUCCCUGAUUGGCCUGAACCCAUGCAUGUUUUUGGUGUCACAGAGUUAAAAAUCAACCUGUCAAAGAAUGUACAAUAUGCUGCUGCACGGAGUACUUCUAAUGGAGCACCAUUCCGUUCUCUCACCGUUAGAGAUACUAUUGGAGAUCUCCCUGCUGUUGUCAAUGGGGCAUCGGUACCCAAUAUGGAGUAUCGAGGUGAUCCUGUCUCAUGGUUCCAAAAGAAAAUCCGUGGGAAUGCAAUUGUGUUAUCUGAUCAUAUUUCUAAAGAGAUGAAUGAGCUUAAUCUGAUUAGAUGUCAACGGAUCCCCAAGCGUCCUGGAUCUGAUUGGCGUGACCUUCCAGAUGAAAAGGUGAAACUGUCAACUGGAGAAAUGGUUGAUUUAAUACCUUGGUGCCUGCCCAAUACAGCUAAGAGGCACAACCAGUGGAAGGGGCUGUUUGGAAGAUUGGACUGGGAAGGAAACUUCCCUACUUCCAUAACUGACCCACAGCCAAUGGGUAAAGUAGGAAUGUGCUUUCACCCAGAUCAAGACCGUAUUGUCACUGUUCGUGAAUGUGCUCGUUCUCAAGGUUUCCCAGAUACCUAUCAGUUUGCUGGUAACAUUUUGCACAAGCACAGGCAAAUUGGAAAUGCAGUUCCUCCACCUAUGGCAUAUGCUUUGGGGAAAAAGCUGAAGGAAGCCAUUGAUGGUAGAAAUUAGAACACGGCUUAGGUCUUAUUUUACUGGUUUCUGAGAUUGCAUUUCCCAUCUGUCAAACCAGAGAACUUAAAUCUACGUGCUUUGUAAAUUCUCUUAGUUAGAGGUUAUUUAUAUUUCCUCUGAUUUUUUGUACUAAGAGAUGAACCUUGAGGCCAAUGCUUUUGAGU